UCCAUGGAAGCCAUUCUGAAGCUCUUUGGAGAAUACUUCUUCAAGUUCUGUAAGAUGUCUGGCUAUGACAGGAUGCUGCGGACACUGGGAGGAAAUCUCACAGAGUUUAUUGAAAACCUAGAUGCCCUCCACAGUUACCUGGCAUUGUCUUAUCAGGAAAUGAACGCACCAUCCUUUCGCGUAGAGGGAGGAGCUGACGGGGCAAUGCUUCUCCAUUACUACUCGGACAGAAGCGGCCUGUGCCACAUUGUACCAGGUAUCAUUGAAGCUGUGGCCAAGGACUUUUUUGACACUGAUGUGGCCAUGAGUAUCCUUGACAUGAAUGAAGAGGUGGAGAGGACAGGGAAAAAAGAACACGUCGUGUUUCUGGUUGUGCAGAAGGCUCGCAGACAGAUGAGAAGGACAAAGGCAAACAGGCCACUGGACACUAAGGACAUUCAGACAGAUGAAGAGGCUCUCAAGACAACGCUCCUUAGGAUGAAGGAGCAAGACUUGAGCAGCUCUGUUUGCCCUGGGGGGAAAUCUCACUGGGAUGUGAGGGCAUCAGUUAUGUUUGGGAAAGGGCCCCUCAGGAACACAUUCCAGCCUGUCUAUCCAGAGAGACUAUGGGUUCAAGAGGAGGUGUUCUGCAAUGCAUUUCCUUUCCACCUUGUUUUUGAUGAAACACUAAGGGUCAAGCAAGCUGGAGUGAAUAUUCAGAAGUAUGUCCCCGGACUCCUAACCCAGAAGUUUGGCAUGAAUGAGUAUUUCUCCAUUGUCCACCCUCAAGUUACCUUCAGCAUCUCCAGCAUCUGCAAGUUCAUUAACAGUCAAUUUGUCUUGAAGACACGGAGAGAAAUGAUGCCUAAAGCAUGGAAGAGCCAGCCAACACUCAAGCUCCGAGGCCAGAUGAUCUGGAUGGACUCUCUGCAGUGCAUGAUCUUCAUGUGUUCUCCAAAGCUCCGCAGCCUGCAAGAGCUGGAAGAGAGCAAGCUGCAUCUUUCUGACAUCGCUCCCCACGAUACCACCAGGGAUCUCAUCCUCCUCAACCAGCAGAGGCUGGCAGAGAUGGAGCUGUCCCGCCAGCUGGAGAUGAAGAAGGAGGAGUUGCGCAUCCUCUCCAAGCACCUGGCCAUCGAAAAGAAGAAGACAGAGACUUUGCUGUAUGCCAUGCUGCCUGAACACGUGGCCAACCAGCUCAAGGAGGGCAAAAAGGUGGCUGCAGGAGAAUUUGAAACGUGUACAAUCCUUUUCAGUGAUGUGGUGACAUUUACCAACAUCUGUGCCGCCUGUGAACCUAUCCAAAUAGUGAAUAUGCUCAAUGCCAUGUACUCCAAGUUUGACAGGCUAACCAAUGUUCACGAGGUCUACAAAGUGGAAACAAUAGGUGACGCUUACAUGGUGGUAGGCGGAAUACCAGUGCCUGUUGAGAGCCAUGCCCAGAGAGUUGCUAAUUUUGCCUUGGGGAUGAGAAUUUCUGCAGAAGAAGUGAUGAAUCCUGUCACUGGAGAGCCCAUCCAGAUUAGAGUGGGAAUCCACACUGGACCAGUCUUAGCAGGAGUUGUGGGAGACAAGAUGCCCCGGUACUGCCUGUUUGGUGACACUGUAAACACAGCCUCAAGGAUGGAAAGUCACGGGCUUCCCGACAAAGUACAUCUGAGCCCCACAGCCUACAGAGCCCUGGAAAACAAAGGAUUUGAAAUUGUCAAGAGAGGUGAGAUUGAAGUGAAAGGGAAAGGAAAAAUGACCACAUACUUUCUGAUCCAGAACCUGAAUGCCACCAAGGAUGAAAUCAUGGGACGAUCUACAGCUCUCACCCAUCAGAAGGUUUCUGAUGAAGCCACACCUGCUGGGAGCCCUGUGGCAGGACAAGACUCCACGGAUGUCAUCAAUGGCCAGCCAUCACCAGAUCCAACCAAGACAAGUUUCCAUGCUAGUGACCCUGUACCAUCUGUCUUCUGUGUUGUAUUGUAAUCAAGAGAAAAAGUGAACCCAUGGGAUUCAUUUCUUUUAAUCAAUGGCAGCAAGGACAGUUAACUUAGGAUAAUUUGGAAGUUCAAAUUGUUUUCAAUUGCAUAUCUUUUUCAGCAUCCCUUUGAGAAUAAAAGGAUAGAA